UAUAUAUAUAUAUAUGUUCUCCAUGGAUCACUCAUGCAACAGUGGAAGUCUCCAAUCCUCAAGUGGUUGUGAAGAAGACUAUGUCUCUUCCAAACCUAAUUCACUCUCCAACUUCUUCAACUCUUGUCUUCAACCUCCUCCUCCUCCCCCUCCUCCUCCACCUCCUCCUUCUUCUUCCUUCUUUGAUGCCUUUCCAACCUACUUAGACUCUUCCUUCCCCACUCCUUUACCUGAUCAUAAUCAUAAUCAUAAUCAUCAACACCAUCAUCAUGAUCAUAUGGACUUUAUUAAUAUAAGUUCUUCAAGAGCUACAACAAGUACUACUAGUAGUCAAAUAUCAUCAUCAUCUUCUUCUCUACAGCAUCAGGGAAUCUCUUCUGUGUCUCGGCCGAAGAUUUCUAAGAAGAGAACAAGAGCUUCGAGACGUGCACCGACGACUGUUCUCACCACCGACACCAGCAAUUUCCGUGCAAUGGUUCAAGAGUUCACCGGAAUUCCCACAGCUUCUUUCAUGCCUUACAGCACUCUCCCUCCUCCUCGUUUUGAUCUUCUCCACUCUGUCCCUCCUUAUCUUUUAAGGCCAUUUGCUCAAAAGGUAGUUCAUUCUUCUUCUCAUUUAGCUCCUCCUGCUCCUCCUGCUCCUGCUCCUCCUGCUCCUAUUGAUGUUAUUAGUUCAUUAGCUUCAAUUCAUAGUACUAGUAAUAUUGCAAACACUAGUGCAACUGCUGCAACAUGUUCAAAUAGUAAUAUUGCUGCUAGGACAAACACUAGUCUUGGGCUUAACAUGCAAUCACAAAACCCUAUUCUAUCAUUCCAAUCCAUGCAAGAUCACCAGCAGCAUGCAAAUAUUUCAGCUGCUCAGUUGAAUUCAAGGCCAUUGGAUUUUGAUUGGCAGAAAGGUGGCCAAAGUGAGCAUCAGACUGAAGAGAGAGGUGGUAGUGGAAUAGAUUCUUGGGUUCUUUCUUCUGAUUAAAUGAAAACAAUUAAGAAGAAGAUGAUGAUGUUGAUGAUGAUGAUGAUGAACUAGCUUUAUAUAUCUCUGGUUCUAAUACUACUGUGGGGCUUUGUAUUUACAUCACUUUCUUAGGUUUCUUUCUAUAUAUAUAUAUAUACAUCUCAUAUCUAUAGCUUAGUGUUAUUAUGAAGAUCUUAUAAAUAGUUCACUUUAUAGAUAUGUUUAUGCCGGAGUGAUUGGUGGCUGAUAUCAUGGGGAAUUGUUUAGUUAUUUUCUUUCUUUCUUUCUUUCUUUCUUUCU